AUGUACUCAUUCAGGUAUUACGUAGAUUCUUGGAUCGAACUUUCUUCUCAGCCUUCCUCCUCUUCUCUAUCUUCGGCCGGCGCGCCCGAUGAGAUCGUUACAACUGGCCUAAGGGUCCAACAGCUUCGCAGGCGGCGGGCUGCACAGCAUCAUCAUCAUCACCACGGCGGAUAUCAUGUUCCACCGCAGGAUUUAGAUAUCGCCUAUUCACAUCGCCCGUCAAGUGCUACGGGGAGCAGUCAAGAUGAGAACGAAGAGACGGAGAGCGAGUCGGAUCGUGUCUCGAACGACGACUUCCCAACACGACUACUCAGACCGGAUAUCAAUAUGCUACCGGAAAUAUCUUCUCAGUCGGAUGAACAGCUAUCCAGCGACGAUGAAGACGAUACAUCUACGGCGCUGGGAUUUAACCCACAACCCAACGCUUUCUCUCACCCACCAGCAUCUAUACGGACAGCGCAAUCGCGGAGCUCGUUUGAUUCCGCCAGACUACAGAAUCGGUCCAGCACACGGCGGAAUUCACGAUCAAGCCUGCCGAACGCUGGCUCCCGACGCGCUUCAAACCAACACCCUCAGCACUCUCCCUUCAAUAUAAUGUCACCAUCACACCAAGCAGACCACGAUGCAGCUCUACGGGCAAGCCUCUCUACUCUCCUCUCCUGUGCAGCUGCUGCUCGCGGAUUGCCCAAGAACGACAGCCAACCUUCAGUCGCUGAGCGAUCACCACCCAGAGCCGAGCCAUCAACAUUCCGUCUCCUCCCGGGGGCUACUGACACUGAAGACGAACCUAUCGCACCAACACGUACCCACCAGCCACCACGAUUCAUAUCUUCAACACCGGUGUCUCCCAGACGUUCACGGUCCCCCAUUUCCGCAGGCCAGAAAACCCAGCGAAAGGCCAGCCCCUCCAAGGACCGUUCGGUAGCCAAAAAGGCCAGACGGCCCAUGGCCACGGAGACGAGUCAAGUCAUCAGCCCGACUGUGAUGACCUGGGUUAUCAGUGCCGGUGUCGUCGUGCUCUUUUCAGCCAUCAGCUUCUCUGCCGGCUACGUUCUUGGACGAGAAGUAGGCAGGAUCGAGUCCGGUCACAGCCUAUAUGGAAACGGAAUAAGCAACAUCAGCGAGCCUGGAAGCAGUGGGUUCCCGUCUGGAGCUGGGUGCGGCAGGGAGGCAGUGAAGGGCGGCCUGGGGAGGUUCAGGUGGAGCGGAGGCAGCGUCUCAGCAUGA